AUGCUAGGAAGGACCCGUGCUGACACGGAUUACAUUGAGGAGGUAUCCAGCAACGAGAUGGAGGAGUUAACGGCGAUGCUAUCGAGGUGGGAGGGCGCUGUUAGCGCUAGUGAGUAUCUGGCAGUGGGCGAAGACGUUCCUGUGCACGAGCCAGAUGUGCUAGUGGACGAAGCGGUAGGAAGUGAUGCAGUUUCGCAGGACGAGCAGGAGGAAGAGGAGGGACAGGAACCCGCAGUUCAACCUGCCAUUGCUCUGAGACACUGCAUGGAGCUGGCUGCAUUUCUGCUGCAAUGCGGAGAGCAGACUGACAGAGAACGAAGAGCUUUACAGACCGUGACCGCUUUGGUUCGAGAGACUACGGUGAAGGCAAAGCGGCAGCGAACUAUGCACGAUUUCUUUACGUGCACCACAUAA